AUGCUGCUGUCGAAACGUUUAAUAAUUCGUUCGAUUCCUCUAAUGUGUAGAGGGGCACAAAGGUGGUAUCCGGACGCAGAAUAUUUCUCGGCUUUCAAGGGUCCCGUCAUGUAUCCUCACGGCGAAAUAAAAUCCUGGAAGCAGGCGCCCUGGAGCGGCAAAAAAGCGCCCGUAGAGAAGAAAGUGAAGAACAGGUACUUGAAUUUCGGACCGGCCCAUCCGGCGGCACACGGUUGCCUCCGGUUGAUCCUACAAUUGGACGGGGAGAUAGUGAAAAGGUUGGAUCCUCAUAUCGGCUUGCUACACAGAGGCACUGAGAAAUUGAUCGAGUACAAAACCUACAUGCAAGCCAUGCCGUAUUUUGAUCGCCUGGAUUAUUUAUCGCCAAUGAGCAGCGAGCAUGCAUUUGUCAUGGCCACCGAGAAGCUCAUGAACUUGAAAGUGCCGAGAAGAGCUAAAUUCAUCCGGACGAUGUUCUCCGAGAUAAUGCGCCUGAUGAACCACCUAGCGGCGACUGCGUUCAUCUGCCUCGACGUCGGCGCCAUCACGCCGCUCUUCUGGUUCUUCGAGGAGCGCGAGAAGCUCUACGAGAUAUGCGAGAGAGUAUGCGGCUCGAGAAUGCACGCCGCCUACUUCAGAAUCGGCGGAGUGCACCAGGACAUGCCUCUGGGACUGGCCGACGACAUUUACGAGCUGAUAUCAAAAUUGCCUGAGAGAUUGGACGAAAUGGAGGACGUGGUGACGAAUAAUCGAUUGUUUGUACAGAGAACCAAAGGGCUUGGCGUUGUGGAUGCUCACGAGGCGCUGAACAGGGGAUUCUCGGGCCCCAUGUUAAGAGCCUCCGGUGUUAAAUGGGACGUUCGAAAGACCCAGCCUUACGAGAUAUACGGCGAAAUAGACUUUGAAGUGCCCGUUGGAAAACACGGAGAUAUUUACGACAGGUAUCUGUGCCGCAUGCACGAAAUGCGCCAAUCCUGUCACAUAAUAGAACAGUGUUUGAAUAAAAUUCCGAAGGGUGAAAUUAUGACAGACGAUUUUAAAGUUUGUCCGCCAACUAGAAAAGAAAUGAAAACUUCCAUGGAGAGCUUGAUUCAUCACUUCAAACUGUUUUCGCAAGGAUUCCAAGUCCCCCCGGGUGACACUUACACCUGUGUGGAGCAUCCUAAAGGAGAAUUUGGCGUGUAUUUGGUAUCGGACGGAAGCAGUAUGCCCUACAGGUGCAAAAUUAGAGCGCCCAGUUUUAUACAUUUAUCAGCCAUGAAUUAUUUGGGGAAGAAUUUAUUUUUGGCUGACGUUGUAGCCGUUUUAGCUACACUAGAUAUUGUUUUUGGAGAUGUUGAUAGAUGA